UUAUGUCAAUGAAUAAAAAUGAAACAUACUCGGAACUCUCAACAGGUCAUUCUGCCGGGAAUGAUGAUAUAAACAUAACUGGAAGCUUGCAAAGCGUAAAAAAGAAAAUUAGACGCUCCAAGGAAACAAAAAAUAAAAAAAUUCCAAUUGUAGAUGUACAAGAAAAAUUAAUUGAAUAUUAUGAAAAAGAGGAUCCAACUUUUAAAAUAGCAAAAAAACUGGUCGAUGGCGCGAAGGAUCGAAGCAACAUACUUGAUCGUCUUGGCGGAGACGAGCUAAAGGUUUUGACCCAAUAA